CGUAUAAAACGCAUAGGAAUUAUUAAAUAAAUAUCAACUGAGCUACGAAGUACAAUAAUGUUAAAACGUGUCCAGCAGUAACACAGGGGGAUGAAAAUAUUUGUAUCUUACCAAAGACACAAUGAAGGCUGGCUACGGUACGGUGACCAAUACACUGAUUUUGUUUGAAAGACACUCAUGUAGCUAUAUAAUAAAAUAUGUUAGUAUACUGUAACGCAAUCACCACGGGUGAUCCUCUUUUUGCUAACAAAAGAAAGGCAUAAUAGCGAAGAAACUAAAUGUGGUUUGUACAUAUGGAAUAUUUUCAAUAGAUACUUAUUUCUCAGAAUCCUCAGAAAAUAAACGAAUACCCUAACAUAACGAACUAAAUAAUAUACUGUAUAUUUUAUAAAUGAUGUGAUCAACGAUGUAUUAUUUAUACACAUAAGUAAUAAUAAUCAUAUGGGGAAGACUCAACUUUCUCCCUAAGUCUUCCAAGUUUCCAAUAAACAUCUUUUUUUGUUGUAAAUUACGUUCUAAUAUUAUUUGUAUGGAAGAUAGUAAUAAGUUAGAGUGUCGAAUGCAAAUAUACUUCAAGAGGGCAGGGAAAAUGCCUCGGUUAAAUUUGAAAUUUUAAUUUCCCUCCCCUGACAAACACAACUAUCGACAAAAUUCAUUUAUUCAUACAAUAUUCGUCAUCAUUACCUAGAACUUGUUUAAUUGUGUUCAAUAAAAUAUAAUUCAUUAUUAUCAUUGUCUUAAUAACAUACUAUUUACCUCCACCCAUUCAUCAGAAAAAUAUCUAGGUACAAAACUGGUUACGUCCCGAGUAUUUUUAUCAAUAAAAUUUAAUAAAAUAAUCUUAAGACACAGUUUAAUAUACGUAAAGAACGAAGCCGUAACUAAAGUCAUAAUGGUAUGGGUAAUGCUGCAGUGGAUACUGAAUACCUCAUGAUAUGGAAAUCUUCCAUUGUUCAAUGUAUAUCGUCUAUAUUAGUCUAUACCACAGCUCACAAUGUGUAUGUUAAGUUGGCACUACGCGAAUUUAAUCGAAUGACUCUUGUCGGAUAACUUGGUUGACCGGGAAAAAUGUAAAUGUAAAUGUGUGUUAUGAACAAAUGUCAUAUAGUGCUCUAGAACCGUUUUCAAAAGCUUUCAACUUAGAUGUGGUGCUAUUGAGAAGUUGGGGCAGCACAUGGUAUUUACCAGGUAGGUAACUCGCGUGUUACAAGUCCUCAUCACCAAUUCGGCAAUCGUAAUACCUAACCUGUUAAAGACAUAUUUUUAAGUAAUAUUAUGGUAAUUUGCUAGUAAGUGUAAUAAGUGCCAACUACACGUACGCGGGUACAACAUAUUCGGGCUAAAAUCGAAAAAAGACGAGUGUUCCCGAAAUACCGGUUACACAGUGGCCCCUACUCUACUAUUACUAUUACACUAUACGGCGCAGAGUGGAGUGGGAAGACGAUAGUCGUCAAGACGCAGCGCAACACCUCGUUUGCGGCUCAGUGCUUCACAGACACACCCGGGAAUUAGUUGUAUUCGCCAGUCUGAUCCGAUACCGUUUAAUGUUCUACUCGCACAGGCGUCCGGCACAUAUGUAUUAAAAUUCACAAAUCCGUUGUUAUCAUCGUUACCGUUUUGAUAUUUGAAUUUCAGUACGUUACAUUACUAACAUUUGUUAUCAUCUAUUACAAACCGUUGUUUUAUUGUUUUUUUUCACAAACCGCGAUUUUUUCUUUGUGUUUGGUAUAAUAUAUUUAAAUAUCAAGUUCAAGAUGGUGCUGAAUAGUCCGGAAUUAUAUAAUAACAAUAUUCCACUUACUGUCCCGGAAGACUCUGUGCUGAACUCCUUGAUGUACGAUUUUUUCAGCUACAGGUAUUUCAAAAACAAAGAGCAGAGAAGAAUGAUAAUUCGUAUGUUAAAAAGAGAUUCGGACAUAAUAUUGUCGUUGCCGAAGAACUGUGGAAGAACAAUGUGUUUUCAACUCCCUAUGCUUAUCACCGAGCGGAAGGUAUCCAUCGUUUUUGUUGGUCUCAAGUCACGGAUUGAAGGGCAAAUGAACCGGUUGAGAAGAGGAAAUCAUUGUGUAGAAUUUAUAGAUUCAAGUACAAAUGCACGUGGUUGGACUCGUAUAGUUAAUAAGAUACAAAGAUAUUGUAGAAUGUUAAGUGGGAAAAAUAUAGUGCUUUAUAUGACACCAGAUAUAGCGCAAACCGUACUAUUUCAGAAAUUUGUACAUUAUCUUGUUAAUCAAAAUCAAUUGGGAUAUUUAGUGGUAGAUGAGUCGUACCAUGAAGAUUAUUGGUUUCUAAAUAGUGCAAGAGAAUAUCGUGGAUUAAGAAAACUUAAAAAGAAAUAUGAAAAUAUUCCUUGGAUUGUUGCUAUUUCGAAUGGCAAUACUAAUGUUAUUGCACGCAUUAAAACCACACUAUGUCUUGGGGCUCGUAGAAACGGAUUGCCUAGAGAUGAAAUACCAUGUUUUGGUCUCUUUAAUUAUACUUUAGUAUUCCGUGGAUUUAGACAAUUUUGAUUAGAAAGGACAAAAACUAAUAAUUAAUAAUUUUCAUCAAGUACAAAGCUAUUUUUAU